CGCACGCUGUGAUGGUGUUUGGACAUGCGUCUGUCAGUAUCAUCAUGGACAUAUAUUUGUCUCACUCAGUUCAUGGAUCUCUAUGUGUCUGCCUACUGGUGGGAUCCCCACCACCUGGCCAUGGAUGCUCUCGUCCCUGCAGUGCACCCCGGUUCCGCUUGCGCACUCUGCAAGCAACGUCGAGGUGUACUGUACUGCAUACCGUACCGACACAGCCAAGUGGGGGAACAAACCAGCGAAGGCACAUGAACAUCUGACGCACACACACUUGUCAGCUCUGUCCUGUCCGCCCUCCCUCCCUGCUGCUCUGCCUGUCCCUGUCUCUUCUGCGCUCUCGAUUCCCCUUCCCACUCCCACUCCCACCACGGUGGCCACCACUGACUAUGGCCGCAGACGGCCUCUGUGUCCCUCCUGCUGCUGCUGCUGCUGCUGUUGGUGCUGGUGCUGAUGCAGGCGGCGUGGUCAGUUGUUUCGGGUUGGCGCUGUCAGGCCGUGGGGGCAUGUCGGAGAGCGGCAGGCGCUGCUCGUCGGCUGACGGCUCGAUCUCUGUCGCCUCGUAGAACCAGGGGGAACCUUCCUUCUCAGCCUACAUGCAGCCAACGCACACACCACCACACACCUGAUUGAUUGACUGACUGGCUGGACACGUGUGUGCGCGCGGGUGGGGGUGGGUGUGCGUGUGGACACCUCUUUCCGCUUCUGCGAGGCGAUCAGGUUGCUGAGAUGGGGGUUGUCCAAGCCGACCUACACCCACACAACACGAGACGCAUGCUCACACACCGACCCACACCUACCUUGACAAAGGCCUGAGCGACGCUCUCGAGUUGGUAGGGCGUGAAGCGGUCGACGUGGCGCGAGAUGUGCAGCCCGAAGGCCUCGAACAGCUGCCUGUCCGGCAGGUCGAAGUGUGCGAAGGCCUUGAGUACGUCUGCAGCGUCGUGUGCGUUGUAGCCCUUGACGUGGCGCCUGGCGAACACCGACAGGGCCGUCAACAGACGGGUGUCGGGAUGGUCCACCUGCAGCCAGCCAUGAGAGACCAGAACAGAUGAUAUAUUGAGAUUGCGGAUCUGUGGGUCACUUACUGCAGCAUAUGCCGUGGCGAUCUGCGAGACUGCCCGCGGCGAGAAGCUGCCGCCACCCAGCCGCUUCCGCACCAGCUACACACCACACACAGGAGGAGUGCCUUCGUGUGAUUCACGGUAAGGUCGGGCUGCUUACGUCGGCUGCUUUGAGGAAAAGGCCUUUCCUCCACUUGGGUUCUGACUUGAGCCUCGCCGUGGCCAACAGGAUCUGGGCCACAUCCUCCCCCGUGAAGGUAUCCAACCUGCACACAACCAGCCCAGCCACACACACGUGUCACCAGAGAGUGCGUGUGUGGGUGGCUGGAUGUGGCAUAGCACACACACUUGGCUUGGAUGGUGGAGGCGAGUGCGGCCCAGACGUCAGUCAUGUGGUCCGUCUGCAGGACGCUGGCCGCCUGCACACACACAUAGAUAGACAUCCCAGGCAGGCAGGCAGGGAGGCAGUGUGUGGUGAGAGAUGUCCUCUAUCUAUAGCUGACUGACCGUGGCGAUGUUGCAGACGCUCCUGGGAAUGAGUGCAUCUCUGUCGAGCAGCACCUUGACCUGACGCAUCAACGCCUCAAUCAAAGAGGGGGGAGUCGUCACCUUCAGACGCGCCAAAGCUGACGGAUCCACACACACAAACACAGACUUUGGUUUCCCCAUCCAAUCCAUAUGUGUGUGUUGUGUUGUGGCUGACGCUUAGCUUACCGGUCAUGCAGAUGGACACAUCAGUGGGGAUCAUGUCUUUGCACAUCGUGGGCAGGUGCUGCUCGCACAGCGCCACCAUAGUGCUGUUCUUGUGGUGCAGCUUCCCGUAGGCACUCAGCACGCUCGGGAAGAAAUUGACGCUCGCCUCACCCCUACACACACACACACACACACACACACGGACAACGGAUUCUGGUCUGGUGUGCAGUCCUUUCUUUCUCUAUGCCUGUGUCUGUUUGAUGUCUUGCCUGUCAGAGAACGUCUUGAACCUCUCAGCGAGUGCGUCGAGCAGCCGGACGUCCUUGACGCCCCAACGGUCGUAGGCAAACGCUUCACACACAUCAUCAUCAUCAUAGCUGUCUUCCCGUCCCGCGUCAUUGAUUGGCCAGCUUACUGGUCAUAGCGACUUGCUGCUGUGUGAGGUCCGGGGCCACCUGCUCGAUCCGCCGCGCAAUGACAUCGGCAAACUCAAUGUCCAGGAAAUUCGCACGCCCACACGCAUUGCCUGCCACAUCCAUCCAUCCAUCCACUCACACAGAGGGGAGGGGCGUCUAUAUGUGUGUGAGAUCUGUGUGUACCGACCGAUGUUGACGACAUCGAUGGUGUUGAGCUGGUCAAAGAUGAGCUUGGCGCGGGCAAUGAGGGUGUCGAAGAGAUGGUCGGGGAAAUAACGCAGCCGGGAACAGGCAUUCACUGACCACACAACCACCCACCCGCACACGCACACGCACACACACACACACACAGAGACUCUGUCUGUCUGCGUCCGUCCCCCGUUUGUUUGUGUGCAAGUGCGUGUGUGUGUACGUGUGUGUGCGAUGUCGCGCCCCGAGGCCCUGUCUGCCAUGGCGAUGGACUCCUGCGUCAACAGGUCCAGCAGCUUCUCGUGACGGUACUCAGCCUACCUCCGCAGUAGACGCCACACACAUCACACCCAUCACAUCACGUGCCGCAUUCACCCAACACAUGAAGGAUAGAUAGCUUGUUGGCUGGCUCUGGCUCAUUCAUCUAUGCUAUGGACCCCCCACGUACCUAACCUACCUGUGCCAGAGCGUUGAAUAUGAGGGCGAUGUCCCACGCGUCGGCGUCAACCAGAUACUGACCACAGACAGCAACACACACAGCUCUGGCCAACUGCAUGCACACCCUCCAUUCUGUCUGCCUGCCUGCCUGCCUGCCCCACUCACCGGUGCGGUUUUGUCGCAGAAUUCGCUCCACCACCGUCUGUCGCCAAACUUGACUUUCGCGGCGUGGUUGGCGACCAUUGCGAUCUCGGUGGCCCGGAGGAUGGGCAGGAGCGACAGCGCCACCCAGGCAUGCGCCUUGACCUUGUCAGCCUCGCCCCUCUCGUGGAUGGCGUGGAACUCCUUGGCCCAGUAACUCACCUCACUCGGCGGCGGCACCUGCAGUGACGACUGAUCUUCUUGUUGGGGGACAUGCUGACGGGCUGCGGGGGAGUUUGGUGGACGGGCGGCUGCCGGUGCAUCUGCUGCAGUGGCUGCCUGGCCGGCUGCGUGGCUCAGUGAGCGGAUGUGGCCUCUCCUGUGGUGUUUGGGAGGCGGCAGGGGGAGGGAUGAAAGGGAACUUCGCACACAGCGAGGCAUCCAAGUCGCCAUGCUGCUCGAUGAGCCAGAGGCGGUCUCUCAAGG